CUAUAAAUACAAGCAUAUGUGAUAUUAUAUGCUCCACCACAGUCCACAUUCCAGUUUCCAGGUGCCAAGCCCCAGAGAAAGGAACGAUUUUCUUUUUCUUGUUUGUUGCCUUUGAUUCCUUGGAACGUUGUUCUGUGCUGAAGAAUUUCAAGAUUUACCCAAUGGAAGAAGCAUUUAGGAGACUUAGUGGUAUCACUCAUGUGCCUGAUCCUGACCCGCGAGACCUCAUCACCGACAAUCCAAAGAAAUGCGACGCCCACACCACAAACGCCACCUCCGUUACCGCCACGACAACCAACACCACGACCACUGCAACGACAACGACAAACAAGAGGUCUCUCAAAGAAAAUGGCGGCCCUGGUGGGACUAUGAGGUAUCGUGGGGUCCGCCGCAGGCCAUGGGGCCGUUACGCUGCUGAGAUACGAGACCCACAAUCCAAGGAGAGGCGGUGGCUUGGCACUUUUGACACGGCCGAGGAGGCUGCUUGUGCCUAUGACUGUGCUGCUCGAGCCAUGCGUGGAAUUAAGGCUCGAACCAAUUUUGUUUACCCUGUGACCGAGCCUCACUCCACCAACGACCAUUUUCUUCCUCCUUUCAACUUCUCGAAGCAAUCACAGCCAUCCAUCAGGGAUCUUAACAGCACUCGCCAUCAGUUUGGGCACUCUUCAAAUUGGCCGUCGUUUGCUAAUACCCAUGUGGGAGACUUCUCUGGUGGAUCUGCACCUCAAAGAAAUGCUUCUCUGAACAUGCUUUUAUUACGUGACCUCUUGAAUUCGUCUUCAAAUUCAUCGCUCCACGCGCCUCCUCAGUCUCUGGUUGACCAGUUUCCAUUUAUCAAUGGAACAUCUUCUGCUUCUUCAAUAUCUUCUACUUUCUCAACUCCAAGUGUUUUCCCUGGCAGUACCUUGAUGAAUUCCUCUACCAACUCUUCUCUACGGGCAAGCGACAACAUCACUGGUUCAUUCAUUGGCUCUACUAUGACUCUUCCUCUCAAGGAUAACCAUUCCAGUCAUAACACUGUUGUGCCUACCAUGUCAAAUAGUCAAGCUGAUGACAUGGAAUUCUUCCCACAGGAGCCUUCUGAUUCUGGCUUGUUGCAGGAGAUAAUUCAAGGGUUCUUACCAAAGCCCACCUCAAAGAAUUCAGAUACUGAUUGUACUAGAAUCUCAAACUGCACUCAUGAUUCCAUCGUUUCACCAGUAACUGAAAUGUCCUUCAGUCAGUCCCUGAGUGGGUUGAAGAAGGAGAUUAAGAACGAGCAUUUAGGUCUUUAUAUUGAUUACCAUCCUGGGGUUCCUCAGCAGUUUGAGAGUUUCAAUGGAUUUUCAGGUCCUCAAGCGGUGCCAUACGGCAAUGAGAUACAAAUGAACCAUCUACAGUUGGGUCAAGACUGCAUGUUGGAUGAUAUCUUUCAGUACCCGGAUUUCAUGGGUGCCUUAGCAGCUAGGGUUCAAAAUUCUUGAGCCCAUCACAAUGCAAGUUGGAACCCCAGCGUGAGGUGAAAAUCAACAAUCCAAGUUGUGGGUCUCUUUUGUCGACAGUACUGGAUGCUUAGUUUAGGGUUUUUGCUGUUAAAUUCAAGUCAUUGGAUACUUUGACUGAUAUCAAAAUCAUCAUGUUACUAAUUAGAAGCGUAUUUCAUAUA